CCAGGAGGCAGAAGCAGGCAGAUCACUUAUUUCAAUCCCAGCCGGGUCUACAGAGUGAGUUUCAGGACAGCUAUACCUCCUCCAUACCUGGCAAAAUAAAUAUUUUUUAAAAUUUAAAAACAGAAGAAGAAACUGGGUUGUAGAACAAACCUGUAAUCCUAAUUACUCUGAAGACUGAGGCAGGAGCAUGGUAAAUUCAAAACCAGCCUCCUGUUAUGUGGUGGUUUCUUCCUCCAUUGAAACACUCUGUCCUGUAAGGAAGCUCCUUAAGACAGCAGGUAAACAACUCAAAAUACGUUCAGGAAGUCCCUCGAACUGAGCAGAUUCAUUAGGCCCCGCCCUCCCAGAAUAAACAAUGAAGAAGACAUGCAGACCAGACCAUCUGCUAAGCAGACUGAGACCAGACCAGCUGCCUGGAAGCAGAAACCAGCCAAGCUGCCAGGAAGAGGUUUAGACCAAUCAAGGCACCAGAAAAGGAUGCUCUGCAGCUUGUUGAGCUUGCGGUGUGCUCCAGGUCCUCAGUAACUCAUUGGUUCACCAACGUGGACUUGGGAGGUUGGCAUCCAUGAGGAUGUAUGUCCCCAGGAAAAGUCUUGUCACACAACAAACACCCGGGCAACUUAGUGUGAUCCUGUCUUUUAAAAAAGUAAAACCCAGCUAGGCUGGUACAGGCCUUUAACAUCAGCAUUCAGGAGACAGGCAGGCAGAGUUCUGAGGUCAAGGCAGGCUUUGCCUACAUUGCAUGUUCUAUGCCAGUCAGGGCUACAUAAUAAGAUCUUGUCUUAAGACAGACAGACAGAUAGACAAGGGUUAGGGGAAUGGUUGGAUGGGUAAAGUAAGACCUGAGUUCAGAUUUCCAGCAUACACAAAAAGCUGGGUACAGAGGCCCGUGCCUGCAAUCCCAUGGGGAGGCAGAGACAGGAUUGUCUCUGGUACUUACUGGCACCCCCAGUGUAACUAAAUUGGCAAACUCUGGGUUCAGUGAAAGAUCUUGCUUUGAAAAAUAAGAUGAAGGGGCUGGAGAGAUGGAUCGAUGGGUAAAGUACUUUCUGCUCUGGUCCAGGACUGGAGCAUGUUUCCGAGCACCCAUACCGGUGGCUCCUGACUGCCUGUAACUUCAGAUCCUGGAGGAUCUGGCUGCUGUUGUCUCUCUAAGCACCUAUACUCAUGUGCAUGCACACAUAAACAUAUACACAUACACACCCAUGCACAUGCACACAAUGCACUCAAAAACAAACAUUUUAAAAGUACAUGUAUGAGGGGUUGGGGAUUUAGCUCAGUGGUAGAGCGCUUGCCUAGGAAGCGCAAGGCCCUGGGUUCGGUCCCCAGCUCCGAAAAAAAGAACCAAAAAAAAAAAAAAAAAGUACAUGUAUGUAUAAAAGUAUACAUAUAAAAGAAUAUCUGUAUAGGAUGGAGAAUGAUGGAGGAAGAAACCUGAUGUUGACCUCUGACCUCCACAUGCAUGUGCAUAAGAUUCGAGUACAUACAGAUGCAUGUACAUACAGAUGCCUGUGUACACAGAUGCCUAUGUACACAGAUGCCUGUGUACACAGAUGCCUGUGUACAUGGAUGCCUGUGCACACAGAUGCAUGUGCACGCAGGUGCAUGUGCACACAGGUGCACACAUAUAUGUACACAUGCAUGUACACAAACACACCCCCAAAAAGUAAAGAGAAGGCUUGAGAUAUUGCUUAGUGGUAGAACACUUGCUUACAUGUGCAAGGCCCUGGGUUUAGCUCCAAGUGGGCCAACGAAUAAACAGCAGGCAAACCAGAGAAGGGAUAGUAAUGACUGUCAGGACCCAAACCCCCAGCUCUCUCUGGUAUGCUAAGCAUGAGGAACUCCCAUUACCGAGAGAUCCUAAAGUCUAAGGUUUGACACUAGAACCUUUUGGCUGGUUGCUGUGUGACUUUGAGUUUCUUAUUCCCUCUGAGCCCAUCGAUCAUGGGAAUAACCAAACCAACUCCUCAGAUCUGUGGUGGAGAUUAGAAGGGAUAAAAACCUGAAGGCCCUUGUGCAGGGCCAGGCACAUGGCAUGCUGCUUGCGAAAGUAGCUGUUUGCUCUGAUGUCUGGGAGAUGCUCACCUUAGACCUACUGCUACGUCUUCUAGUCGGAGUGUGUGUGGGUCACAUGGGUUUCCCAUUGUAAGCUGGAGAAGCUGCCCCGGGAGAGAGAGCCUUUGCCUAACUUCGCACAGAGGAGAAAUGUAUCAGGCAGACAAACAAAAGGCCAGCUGUAGAAGUUCAGAGCUGGGGUUGGGGAUUUAGCUCAGUGGUAGAGCACUUGCCUAGCAAGCGCAAGGCCCUGGGUUCGGUCCCCAGCUCUGAAAAAAAGAAAACAAACAAAAAAAACAAAAACAAAAACAAACAAACAAAAAAAAGCCGUAGAAGUUCAGAGCUGCAAUCUUGGAACUGAGAGGUGGAGGCAGGAGGAUACCAGGGUUCAGAGCUAGCCUGGGUUCUAGAGGGGGUCAGGAGGCUAAGCUACAUGAACUCCUGUCUUAAAACAGCAAUAGCACAUAGUAUAUCAAUAGAGGUGGGGACAGCCAGGACCACAACCAAAACUCAUAUCCUAGUCUGAGUUGUGGGUGUGGUAAAUGUGCAUCCAGUACCAGUGCUCGGGAAACAGAUAAGAAAGGACCAGGAGUUCAAGACCAGCCUCAGCUACAGAGACCUUAUUUCAAAAAGAGGAAAAAAAAAAUCCAAACGAGAAGAUCGUGCCCUAGGACCAAAGGGGCUUGGCAUCCUGCUCAGAACCCCUCUCUUUCUUUCCUGGAAGUCUAUUUAAGGCAACUUCAAAUGUGUUGCAUCUUCCUGUCACCCCCUGGGGCCUCAGAUACAAGCACCGCUGCCUGCCUGCACGACCUCUUUCCUUUCCAACCAGAGAGGGCUGCUGCAGAACCCAUUGAAGAGCCCACAAGGCCAGCUGGUACUCCAGACUACGGUAGUGGGACCAUGAAGGCAAAACCAGCUACCCAGUUGGGUUGUUGCUACAAGAGGAAAGCCCUGGAUGGUUUAGGAGGCUCCCUGUUCUCCAGCCUGGACUUCCGGCACUAUCAAGAUGACCAGGUCUGCUCAGCUGACACUUCUCAGCCACUCCCAGACACAAUGGAUGCUCGUGACUUACCCUGGAGUGAGAGGAUGUGCCCCUUACCACUGGCACCGGCUAAGUCCUCCUUGCUGGCCUGUCCUGAAGGCCUGGACCUACGCCUGUGUGCCCUGCAGAAGACACCGCUAGGCAGAGCCUCGCAGGAUCUCGGAGAGGAUGCCUCAAACACUAGACAGCAGCCACCAAGCCUGUACAAAGCAUCUACGGACAUCGAGAAACUCACAACCAAGGACCCGCGGAACAGAGAAGAGAUGGGAAACCAGCCAGAAAGAGGCGCCCACCCAGCCCUUCCUCCUCAUACCAGCUCCUUCCCAGAGGCUGGGCUGGACAGAAAGAGCCUUAGUCCCUUGACCUUCUGGCCCUGGCUUCCUCCCACUUUCAUCUCCAAGGAAACCCCCAUCCACAUCUACCCCAUCUUCCCUGGGUACCCACUUUGGCCUCUCCCUUACCUAUUCACUUAUGGGACCCAACCUUCUGCCCAGUGUCCGUACCUCUUCAUGCUGCCACCGGACUCCACAUACCCCACCACGACUGGGGCUGGCUUGUUUAUGACAGCUAAUGGACCUGGACCCCAUACCCCCCAAGAGAAGACCCUGCUUCUCUACUCAGGAGCUUUCCAGAGUGCUGGCCACACCCUAUACUCCCAGGUCGGGAGUCGGAGCUCUAGAGAUGCCUUGACCCCAGGACAAGCUGGUGUGACAGCUCCUGCAAGGCAGGCUGUGCCAGGCUCCCGGGCAGGUGUCAUAGCCCUGCCCUACCCUCUGAAGAAAGAGAAUGGUAAAAUCUUAUACGAGUGUAACGUGUGUGGCAAGAACUUUGGGCAGCUGUCCAACCUGAAGGUUCACCUGCGUGUGCACAGUGGGGAGCGCCCGUUCCAGUGUGCCCUGUGUCAGAAGCGCUUCACCCAGCUGGCCCACCUGCAAAAGCACCACCUGGUGCACACCGGGGAGCGGCCCCACCAGUGCCAGGUGUGCCACAAGCGAUUCAGCAGUCCCAGCAACCUCAAGACCCACCUUCGCCUGCACUCAGGUGCCAGGCCCUUCCAAUGCAGCAUCUGUCCCAGUCACCUCACCCGGAAUGUCUACCCUAAGCUGCACCCUAGGCUGCAGGCUCCUCAGCUCCAUGGCCUGACCCACACCCACCUGCCCCUCGCCUCUCUCACCUGCCUUUCCCAGUGGCACCAAGGAGCACUAGAUCUUGUGGAAGAGAGGAAGACAGGCUGGGAUGUGGACAAGGUGUCCUCAGUAUCCAAGGGAAGGCAGGGACAGACAGCUUGAGCGGGAUUUCUCUGGGAGCAGAGUGUUGGCAAUUAAAAGAUGGUCUCCGGGUUGGGGAUUUAGCUCAGUGGUAGAGCGCUUGCCUAGCAAGCACAAGGCCCUGGGUUCAGUCCUCAGCUCCGGGAAAAAAAAAAAAAAAAAGAUGGUCUCAGUGCUGAGUCAAGGCCUCCUGAGUGUCUCCAGUGGAGGGGAAUGUCCCUGCCAGAUCUAACCCCUCACUUGGGAAUGGCAGGAUACACAGUCUGUCUGGGGAUGGGUCCAUGCAGCCAUCUGCCUCAGGCUGGGUUUGGGUUCCUCUCUCUUGCCUGUGAUCUACCUGGGCCUGAGCUCUCCAUCUCAACUCACCAAGGGACAGUGCUACCUCUCGGGACUGGAUGAAGGCAGAGUGUGCUCCAGGGGGAGGAGGGACACCGGAGGCAGGAGGACCUCAGCGGUGACAUUAUUGUCAGCUGCUUUAGUUACCUGGUCUGAUGAACAAAGCAUCUUGAAGUAACUGGAGAAUGAAGCAAGAACGGAUUUGUGCAUUGGCCAAUCGCAGGACAUGUUGCAGUCCUUCCUGAACACCUUUCCCAACAUCUCCGAUUGUCCCCUGGGUUCCUGCCUACCACUUUCUAACUUCAGUUCCUUCUCAGCUCAGGUAGAGGUCAGCUGGGAUUACUUGCCAUGAUGGAGUGGGAUGUAAGUCUCCCCCCCCGCAUGGGGGUGAAAAAAGAGACAUAAGAUAUUCCCCUGUCUGGGCUGGAGAGAUGGCUUAGUGGUUAGAGCACUGACUGCUCUUCCAGAGGUCCUGAGUUCAAUUCCCAAUAACCACAUGGUGGCUCACAACCAUCUGUAAUGGGACUUGAUGCCCUCUUCUGCUGUGUCUGAAGACAGUAAUAAUGUACUCAUAUAUAUAAAAUAAACAGGUCUUUAAAAAAAACACUCCUAGAUACUCCUGUCCUCUCAUGAAUGACCCAGAAUCAUGAUGACCCCUGUGCAUCAGGACCAGAGGGCAAGGGACGUCCAGCUAAUCAGGACUACAGAAAGGGACAAACCUGCAAAAGAGUGAGGCAAUUGAGCCGCACCAAUGGCCUACCUCCGGGGAAACCCCUCAGAUGUGCGAAGUGUUCCUUUCCCUGACGUGUGAGCCUGGCAGGAAAGCGAACAGCCCGAACGGCCCUGAAGAUCAGAUUAG